AUGCCUGCCGCCGGCUCGCAAAUAAUAUUUGACACGGGAAGAGUGGAGCACAACAUGAAACCUGAGAUUAAUUUGCAAAAUAAUCACGCGCUUCCAUCUAACUUGAACGAGGUGAGCGUGCAGGGAGGCGAAGCUGAGGAGAAAAGCUCUGAGGGAUUGCUUGCCCCGUAUGAGGGAAUUUUGUCUGCCUGCCCAGCCCAAGAGCGAUCUCCACGGCCAUCCUGGAUUACAGGACAAUACGGCUGCACCGCUCUCCCUAGCGUGCAGUGGUGGUUGUAA